GGAGCUAAGACACAUUGCAUUAAAAUCACCGAGAUGGAGCCGGGUGUAAAUGGGCGUGCAUAGUUUUUCUGGAAGGUAGGAUGGAGGGAUCCGGGAAAAAGGGAGAGAGAGUGAGAAAGAGGGAUAUGCUUGUACUUCCUCUCCGCCCAUUCUUUCAUGCUUGAUGAGUAGCCCGCAGUGCAGGCUUUGUCCAAGUCAUUGUCACAGGCUUAGAGAGCCUCUUUGCCAAGUGAGAGGCUUUGGCGACAUAUGUCACUUCAGUGAGUCUCCUUUAGCCGCUUGAGUGGAGGGGUGGGCAGGGAGGCGUGUCUGUGCACCAGGAGAGGAGCAACGUGAGGUGGAGGACGAAGGACAUGUCAGAGAUGUUAGUUCAUAGAGAGUUGUUGGAAUGAUCCCUUGAUGGUCCAGUCCCAUACUUUUUCCAUGGGCUUGUAGUGUAGCUGCGUUGGGCCUCUUCUAGAGGUGGACUUCAGAUGUGGAAUGACUCAAAAACCAGUCCUCUCUGCCUUGCAAAUUCCAAGUGAUGCCAGUUGAUCUGCAUCAACACGUUCUCGUAAUCCCUACUGUCUCCGUUAACCAGUUGAGGGUGAUGAGGGUGAUGAGGGUGGUGGGGACCCUGCAGCUUGUUCUGCUUCUGACCUUGACCUCCCGGGCAGCGGGCUUCAAUAUUCCUCUGGAAGUGGAACAGCCUCCAACCAUAAUAACUCACACAUCUGGUCCAAUUGUUGCCCUUCCUUUUGAUAACACCGUAAAGAUCAGGUGUGAAGCCAGGGGCAACCCACCACCAGAAUACAAAUGGACAAAAGAUGGCAAAGUCUUUAUCCCUCCACACUUCACAACAAACAAAACCAACCACAGUGAUGGCACUUUUGUCCUUCACAACAAGCACCUCCUCCAGUUUCAGGGUAAAUACAGAUGCUACGCUUCUAACAAGCUUGGAACUGCCAUGACGGAGGAGAUUGAACUGAUUGUUCCCAGUAUUCCCAAGUUUCCAAAUGAAGGCAUUGAUCCCAUUGUUGUUAAGGAGGGAGACCCAAUCAUCUUGCACUGUAACCCUCCAGAAGGUGUGCCCCCACGUCAGAUCUACUGGAUGUCUAUUGGUCUCCAGCACAUUGAGAAGGAUGAGAGGGUUUCCAUGGGCAUUGAUGGCAACCUGUACUUCUCAAAUGCCUUACAGAAAGACAGCCGGCGGGACUACUGUUGCUUUGCUUCCUUCCCGAAAAUCCGAAGAAUUGUCCAGAAAACUGCGAUGGCUGUUAUUGUCAAGAGCUUGAAAGCUGACAAUGAGUCUGCUGACAGCGUCGAUGCCACUCCUGAAGCCCCCCCAGUGAGAAAACCUGGCCUGUUGCUGCCCCCUGGUGUUCAGACAGAGAAGUUGCUGUUGAAGGGAGAGCGUCUGCAGCUCGAGUGUAUACCACAUGGAUAUCCCACUCCAACGAUAAAAUGGAUGAAAUUGGGAGACAAGAUGCCCUCACGGACAAAAUAUGACAACUAUGGAAAGCUAUUGAUCAUCUCUGCUGUGGAAGAGAAGGAUGGGGGGAAAUACAUGUGUAUAGCUGAAAACUCUGCUGGAAAGGCUGAUCACUAUUUUGAUGUAAUAGUGGAAGAGCCGCCAAAGUGGCAGACGGAGCCUCCUCAGAGCCAGCUGAAUGUGAGUGGGUCUGAUGUUCACAUCAAGUGUGCGGUCAGUGGAAAACCAUCGCCAGUCAUAACAUGGAGGAGGAAUGCAGGAUUGUUCAGAGAUGACUCACAGAAGAACAGCCGAGUGCUUGAUGACACUUUGAUUAUCCACAACGCCAGACCAGAGGACAGCGCCGUCUACCAGUGUGACGCUUCCAACAGUCAUGGCAGUCUUCUGGCCAACAUUAACAUCAUGAUCAUGAAUAUGGCUCCUCGGAUACUGACAAGGGACCACCAAGAGUACGCUGUAGUACUAGGAGGGGACAUUAUCAUGAACUGCAGUGUUUUUAGCUCUCCACCACCCAGCAUCUCUUGGGCCAAAGAUGAGACUCCAGUAACCACAGAGGGGGGACGAUUUGCCAUUCUGCAGGACAGAUCUUUUCAAAUCAUCCGUGCAGAAAAAAACGACAGUGGGAAUUAUGUGUGUGUUGCCUCAAACACAGAGGGCAAGUCGGCUGUCACUGCUGUGCUGGAUGUGAAAGACCCCACAAAAAUAGUAGAUCCACCUCGGGAGGCGCAGAUCAUCAGUGGGACCACAGCCCAGUUCACUUGCCAGGCAGAGUAUGAUAAAAGCCUGCAGAGCACCUUUGAGGUGGUAUGGAGGAAGGAUGGGGAGAAGAUCCCAUUGUCAUUUGAGGAAAAUUCCAGAUACUUAGUGGCUGAUGGCUUACUGCAGAUCAUGAAUGUGAACCUGAGUGAUCAGGGAUUUUACACAUGCAUUGCUAGAACCAGCCUUGAUGAGGACAAUGCCACUGCACUGCUCACCAUACUGGACGUUCCUGAUGCUCCAAAAAAUUUAACGAUUCUUGAGUUAGAGAGUCCGAGAAACGUCAGUCUGUCUUGGGUGCCCGGGAGUGAUCACAACAGCUCUGUAACAGAAUUUAUAGUGGAGUAUGAGGAGAGCCAAUGGGAGCCUGGCAGGUGGAGGGAGCUACAGAAAGUCCCUGGUAUCCAGGCAACAGCCGAGCUGGCACUACAUGGACACCUUAACUACCAGUUCAGAGUGUAUGCUGUUAAUGCUGUUGGACCUGGACCCCCCAGUGAGCCCACUAAGAGACACAAAACACCCCCUGCUGCUCCUGAUAGAAACCCAGAAAACAUCAAAAUUCAAGGCCAUCUUCCUCAUCAAAUGGACAUUAGCUGGGAGCCGCUGCUGCCUAUCGAACACAAUGGCCCAGGCCUCGAGUACAAGGUGAGCUACAGAAAACUGGGAGUGGAGGAUGUCUGGAGGGAGCAUCUGGUCAAAAGACACUCCUUUGUCGUGAGAAACACGUCCACUUUUGUCCCCUACGAGAUCAAAAUUCAGAGCAGGAACAGCCACGGCUGGGGACCUGAACCUAAACUUGUUACUGGUUACUCCGGAGAAGAUGUCCCUACUGCAGCACCACGGGAUGUAGCUGUGGAGGUGUUCAACACCACUGUUCUGAGAGUUAGCUGGACCCCGGUUCCACCUGCCACAGUGAGAGGUCAUCUAGGGGGCUAUGAUGUUCACUGGCUGAGAAAACGGAGUCUGUUGAAUCCCAACAACAUUUUAGAUGAGCGCCAGUCCAUGUCUUUUCCUGGAAAUAGGACUCAUGCCAUCGUGCCAGGCCUUGAACCUUUCUCCGAGUAUAGACUCACUGUCAACGUUUUCAACAAGAAGGGCAAUGGGCCCCACAGUGACCCGGUCACCUUUAGCACUCCAGAGGGAGUUCCUGAGCAAGUGCCCAUCCUGACCACCUCCAAUGCCCAGAAAGACUCAGUUUUGUUGGUAUGGGGUCCACCGCUGGAGGCAAACGGCAUCCUCACUGGGUAUCUCCUGCAGUACCACCUCAUUAAUGAGACCACAAUGGAAGUGGUUGAUUCCCAGGAGAUAAACAUCAAUGUGGCUGACACCACCCAGUGGUGGCUUGAGGGCUUAGAGGAGGGGAGCCUCUACCGCAUCCACCUCAGUGCCUGCACUCGAGCCGGUUGUGGACCUCCGCUGGCACAGGAGUGCAACACAGCUGCUAAAGCACAUUUGUCCCCAACUCCAGCUGUGGCCCCUGUUCAGAGCAACCACAACUGCUCUCUCUUCUUUCCCAGCUCUAUCCGCAAUUCUACUCAUCCUCCUCUAGUUCCAGCCCUGUUGAACAUAAGCUCUUAUGUGAGUGACACCUUUGCCAAAAUCAGCUGGACUGCCAGAGAAGAGCAGCAGGACUCGCAGCUUUAUGUGGCUUAUAUGAAUAACCGUGAAGGUAACUGGCGGAUUUCAGAGGCUGUAAACACUUCUCAAAGUUUCCACAUAAUCGAUGGGCUCAAACCCGGAGCGGUGUACACCGUACGCCUCAUGGCCAAGGGGCUACUCGAUAACGCUAGCAUUUUUGAAGACGUUAUCCAGACUCGAGUCAAAGGUGCAGAAGGUCGGCGAGGCGACUUAUCAACCCAGGGCUGGUUCAUUGGGACCAUGUGUGCUGUGGCACUCCUCACCCUUGUUGCGCUCAUGGCCUGCUUUGUGCGGAGAAACAAAGGUGGCAAGUAUGCAGGUACGCCGCCGCCACCACAGCAUCAAGACAUGUUCUCCAUGGAAAAAGUGAAAGAGAAGGAAGACCUCCACCCUGACGUGGAGUCACACAGAAUGAAUGAUGACACAUUCUGUGAAUACAGUGACAGCGACGAGAAGCCACUGAAGGGCGGGAGCUUGUGUUCUCUGAAUGGCGAUGGUGCGUUGGGGGACAGCAUCAGCAGAGACAGCCUGGUUGACUACGCAGACGGGGAAGUAGAAUUCAAUGAGGACGGUUCAUUUAUCGGAGAAUAUUCCGGACGAAAGCGUGGAGGCUCUGUUAGUGAGCCCAGUGGACCCAGCCCAGUCACUGCAUAAAGCCAGGCUCCAGUUGAAAUGGUCUACUUCAAAUCCUUUCAAGAUACUUUUAUAAAUUCAGCUCCGUGGCAUUAAAUAUAGCUUGAAUAGCCAAAUAUGGGGAAUAAAAAUGACUCAAAUGUGCAGACUGUUUUUUUAUUUUUACAUUAGGCAGACGUUUUGCCCAGGGACUGGAAAGGAAAUAAUAAAUCCACCAUACACAUCCAUGUGAAUACCAUGCAUGUCUUUGUACAUACUGUGAGAGAAUGAGCUGUAUCAUUUGAGUGUUUCAUGAUUUUAUUAAUGAUAAUAAAGUGUUUUUUAUACCUACUAUCAGCCACAA